AUGGCAUCAAACGGUGGCGGUCCUUGGGGGCCAGGAAAUAAUAACAGUCCUCGAGGAAGCGGAUCUGGAGGAAGACCCGAGAUCCCAGACUUUGAAGAAUGGCUAAAACGUAGCCAAAAAAGUUUUAAAAAAGCUUUUCCUGGUGGUGGAAAAGGAGCUGGGGGCAUCAAAGGACUUUUAGGAAUCUUAAUUGUUGCACUCCUAUUUUGGGCUUCGACCGGUUUUUAUCGUGUUAGCGAAAAAGAACAAGCGAUAAUUUUACGCUUUGGGGCGGUUGUUAAAACCGUUAAAGAGUCUGGUUUACAUUACCAUCUACCUUCUCCCAUCGAAGAACACUUAAUCCAGGCUGUCUCUGAAAAACGUUCUUUUCAAGUGGGAAUGCAAACCUCUCCUUUCACCAGAACGCGUGAAGAGCAAGUCUUCAUGCUCACAGGAGAUGAAAAUAUCUUAGACGUCAAUGUAACCGUACACUGGUUCAUUAAAGACUUAGGACAGUACUUGUUCCGAGUCCUAGCGCCAGAAAUGACUGUACGUGUAGCUGCGGAAAGUGCCGUACGUGAAGUCAUUGCACAAACACUUAUGGAAUCAGCGCUGACAAAGGGAAAACAAGAAAUAGCCGCACGCAUUCAUCAAGUCCUUCAAAGGAUUGCCGAUGAAUACCAAAUUGGAAUUGAAAUCGAUAAAGUAAACCUUGUAAAAGUUGAAGCACCCCCCACAGUAAUUGACGCCUUUCGGGAUGUUCAAAGUGCUAGAGCAGACAAGGAACGUAGAAUUAAUGAAGCGCGCGGUUAUCGCGACUCAGUUGUUCCUGUUGCACGCGGUGAAGCCGAAAAAAUAAUCCAACAAGCAAAAGCGUAUCGUCAGUCUGUCGAAGCACGAGCAUUAGGUGAUGCACAACGCUUUCUUUCUAUCCUUCAGCAAUAUCGUGCGGCUCCUGAUGUAACACGCAAACGCAUGUAUCUUGAAACAAUUGAGCAAGUUCUUGGGAAUGCACAAAAAGUGAUGAUGUCUGGAAAUGCUGGGGCGACUCAAGGUGUUUUACCUUAUUUGCCUUUACCAGAUUUGCGUCCUAAGCAAGAUCAAAACUCUGAAUCUCAGGAGACAGCACAAUGA